AUGGCACGAAAUUUGGUGGCGGGUGCAUGGUGUGGACUUUUGACAACUUUGGGGCCAUGAAAGAAGAAGUUAGGCAUUAGACAUAGUGAGCGACUUUUUUUUUUUUUUGUUAAGUCAUUAUUACGUUCAUUCAAUUACAUAUUCAAAACAAUAUCCCAACACGAGUCUCAGGAGGGAAUAUCCGAUAAGUGGGUUCAAAUUGAAGUAUUAAAAUGAUUAAAAAAAAAUAAGAAACACUAAGAAAAAAUAUAUAUAUAUCCUAGCUAAGGUCACCAUCCACAUUGAUCGACAGUCACCAUGAACCGUCGAUGGUUGUUGUAUGUUUUUUUUUUUACAAAAAGAUAAUCAUAUAUUGAUUGAAGAUAGACACAGUUACAUCCUGGAGAACAGUCAGGUCUGGAAAUUAAAAGCGCGACACGUAGACGAGUACAAAGAAAGGGUCUUUCUAGCCACCGCAUGGGCUACCCUAUUGUUCCUCCGUCCUACAAAUCGCAAAUUAAACCCCGGUUGAUUUCCCAUACAUUGGCAGAUUUCAUCCAAGAUCAUCCCAAUCCUACUAUCUCUAAUCUCCGCUUGAUUAAUUUUAUCGAUGAUGACCUUGGCAUCGCCUUCAAAACGCACCUCCUGGAAUCCAUUAGCCACACACCAUAAGAGAGCUUCCCGGAGGACGAGCGCCUCCAUCACUAAAGGAUCAUCAACAACCCGGUACUAAACUCAUUGCACCCAGAUGACCACCCUAUGAGGGUUAAGAAGCACCAUUCCGCCCGCAGAGUGGGACCUAGCUCUUGUAGCCCCGUCCCACAUACACACCAACGAGGAACCCCCGGUCAACCCUGGAGGAUGGACAGUAGGGUGCAUCCCCAGCUCCCUCCAAUCAGCCUAUGGCUGUUGUAUGUUUUGCAACUCUUUUAUGUUACACUAUUUAUCGUAUGUGUGUAUUAAUCAAUUCCAUUGAAUUAUAUUAUGUAUAUAUGUGUUAACGGGACAUUAAAAUGAAGCAUUUUCAAAGCAUCCAUCUAUCAAACGCAUUGCACGUAGCAAUAGCUUAUAGCUGAAAGAUGAGGAGGUGGAGCUAAUCAGGGACAGAGUGCGAUAACGAUGUUGACUAUCUAGAGAAUUAUGGACAUUCACUUGGGGUUAUUACUUAUUUGAUUGAUUGUAAUGAUCGAUGACUUCAUAUAGAAUCAAUCGAUGCAUGGUAUAGGUUUUUUUAUUUUACAAUAGUGGAUAAACUUUGAUGAUUUUGGAGUCUUUUGCGAAUUGCGACUCAUGAAAUUGUUUUUGAAUAAAUGGAAACAUCUUAUUAUUCAGCAAAUUUUUUGUUUUUGUUUUGGAAAAUACUAUUUUCAAUACCAUCGUUUGGUGAUUUCUUAUCAAAUAGACUAAAGUUUCUAUCAAUACUGUUUUAAGUAUGCACACGCUACUUAAACAGAGUUUUCCCAAACAACAUCACAUUUCUACCGCGCGAUCCCAUCUUAACUCCAACUUGGAACGAGUCGCCGUAGCUCCUAAGAAUUGUCUUCAUCGACACAAAAAACAGGCAAAACAAAAACACGCACAAAAAAAUGCCAAUCUUUCUGCCUUAUCCCUUCACCAAAUAAAAACCCAACACAACACUCCCACUCCCACCCUGCCACAAUUUAACCGACUCAUUUCACUCCUUCCCGGCGGCGCCUCUUCCACCGCCUGCUUACCCACCUUACCAUAUAUCUCUCCCGUUUGUCUGUCCGGAGAGAAAAGGGGAAGAGAGGCAAAAGCUGACACCAUGGGAAGAAAGCUGGACUCGAUUCUGGGCAGGAACAACUUCAAGUCCUACAAGUUCAAAGCACUCGCCAACCUCGCCGUCUCCCGCCUCGCCAUCUUCAAGAACCAGCGCCAGGUCAAGCUCAACCACGCCCGCGCCGACGUCGUCGACCUCCUCCACCUCGGCCACCGCGACCGCGCCCUCCUCCGCGUCGAGCACGUCAUCAAGGAGCAGGGGAUGCUGGAAGUCUAUGCAAUGAUGGAGGAUUACUGCAACCUUCUCGUCGACAGGCUUCAACUCAUCGAACAACAAAGGGUUUGCCCCGAUGAACUGAAGGAGGCGAUAUCAGGCUUGCUCUUUGCAUCGUCUAGGUGCGGGGAUUUCCCUGAGCUUCAAGAGAUUCGGCUUCUGUUGACAUCUCGCUAUGGGAAGGAGUUCGCUGCUCGCGCUGUUGAAUUGCGCAACAAUUCUGGUGUUAGCUACAGGAUGAUACAGAAGAUGUCCACUAGGCAGCCGGACAGGGAGACCAGAAUCAAGGUGCUGAGAGAGAUUGCGGCAGAGAACAAUAUCGCCUUGGAAGAGCUAGAUCAACCUCCUUCAACGUUAACAUCUCAGGCAGAGCCCUACGCCGUGAGCAGUAAGCAAGGCGAGGAAGGAGAGACAUCAGCAGCAGCUGCAAGCAGCACCGCAUCAGAAGAGAUUGGGAGAAAUGGUCUCACUGAUUCGAUCCAAGUGAAGAGGAAGUACAAAGAUGUGGCUGACGCAGCACAGGCAGCGCUUGAGUCAGCUGUCUAUGCGGCUGAAGCAGCAAGAGCUGCUGUUGAACUCUCUCGAUCCGAUGAUCGAGGUCACCCUAACAACCAUGAUAAAAGAAGGGAAGUGAUGAUGAGCCAAGAUGAGGAAAUGGAAGACUCUGAACCUGAACCUGAAGAUGAGGAAACCGUUUGUAAUGUUGAAAGCAGAGCUGCUGCUUCAGAAUCGAAGUCGUCUUCUUCGAGUCUGGAUCCUGAGAAUCUAGCCAGGAGGUUGGACAAGGAGAUUCAGUUUGAUGAUGAAAGUGAUGAUGAGGAGGAGACUGAUGAGCAGGUCAUGAAUGCUGACGAUUCUGACAAGGUUGGAGGUCACGAGGCACCACCACGUGCCAAGUCCAGUGAGAAUAUUAUCCCCUCGGUUAUUCAAGCUGGGUUGAAGGUGGAACCAGUAGAUGUAUGCCCUAAUGCAAAACAACCAGCUCCAAGGGAAUCAAGAACUACAAGGACCUUGAACAUACUCAAGGCACCGUUUUCUGUGAGGACCAGGCACGUUCGUGGAUACUGAGAAGAACCUUACUCGUCGGAAGUACAAAGUUUUGCAGGUUGCUCCGAAUAAUUGAAGUGUUGAUUU